AUGUCUGCAGCAAAAGCCUUAUCGCUGUUAGGCUACAACACAACAAACGUGAUGUUCUGGAUGGACCCAGAAAAUCAUGCAAGCAAAAGACCUCGUACUGGUUCUUGGGUAUCAAGUUCAUUUGAUAUAAGUUUCCCCGCCCCCGAGCUGACGAGUCGAGAGUCGGCCACUGGCUGCAGGACAAGUGGGAGCCCCAGCGUACCGGCCUCGACAUCUAGCCUUGUCACAAGCAGCGACAGUGGAAUCACGACCACCACAGACACAACCACGACCACCGCGACAGACACAGCACCCACCACCAUGCUUCUGCUUCAGCAGCCACAGAGCUCACAGUUCAGUGGCAGCUUCCUAAGUCCCGAAUUUAGCGCUCCCUUCUCAGAGGAGGUUGCUUUCAUCGGAGAGGAUUUACCCCCACUGGAGUUUGGAACCACAUCCGAAAAUUUCCUCGCCACUGGUGACAGUCGCAGCGACAGCACUUUUCAGGAAAUGUUCCAACAAGGUUUCGGGACAUCCACUACAGAGGACAUCUCAACCAUCCCUCUGACAACUUCAACAAUGGGCUUACCAUCAUUGCCUAGUUUUCAGGAGACAUAUUCACCUCGUUACAGACGAUCUGAUGUCUGUGGAGUCUUUUCAUUCAAAUUCGAAGACAUACAAACUGGGGAAGAUGUUCCUAUGGAAGAAGAUAUUGAAGGAGACCGAUUCUCUAUUUCCAUGGUAACUUUUCCCCAGACAGAAGACGUUACAUCCAUCACAGCAUUGACAUCAGCCACCCCUGCCUUAGACAGCCCCGGUCCUUCAUCUUCAUCCUUCAUGCCUCCGUCCUUUGACGCCGGGGCGUCAUCGAAGCCAUCCUUUCAUCAACUUGUUGCGCCCUAUCCCACCACCUUCUCUGGGAUUACAUCUUCUGGCCCAGAGGGGCCCUCCCACUUCGGAACUCCGCCCCCUUCUCUACACGAGAUGACAAGCCCCGCCCCCAGUCCUAAACAGGGGCGGAGUGGGAGUCGGAAGCCAUCACUUACUAUCUCUAGUCCACCAACACAGGAGGGAAGCAUUCGGCAUGCCACUCCAACGACCCCAACCACUCCCAGUGGCACAUCUGGGUCCAGCCGGUCAUCUCCUGGUGUUCCAGAAAGUACACCACCACCAUCAAUGCUAUGUGCAGUAUGCGGGGAUAAUGCUGCUUGCCAACAUUAUGGCGUUAGGACUUGUGAAGGCUGCAAGGGUUUUUUCAAGAGGACGGUACAGAAAAAUGCCAAAUAUGUUUGUUUGGGAAAUAAAGAUUGUCCUGUGGAUAAAAGGCGUCGAAACAGGUGUCAAUUCUGCAGGUUUCAAAAGUGCUUGGCAGUUGGAAUGGUGAAAGAAGUUGUAAGAACGGACAGCUUGAAAGGAAGACGCGGCAGGUUGCCUUCCAAACCCAAAUCCCCUCAAGAAUCCCCACCAUCACCACCUGUCAGCACCAUCACAGCACUGGUCCGAGCCCAUGUGGACACCACUCCAGAUCUUGCUAACCUGGACUAUUCACAGUACACCGAGACAGCUGGUCAGAGUCAGGAAUCUGCAGCAGCUCCUGAUCAAGUGCAGCAGUUUUAUGAGCUUCUGGUAUCGUCAAUUGAAGUUAUAAGGCAAUUCGCUGACAAAAUACCUGGAUUCGCAGAUUUUCACAAAGAUGAUCAAGAACUUUUAUUCCAUUCCGCUAGCUUAGAACUUUUCUCAUUGAGGCUAGCCUAUCGGAUUCAUCCGGAGGACGAGAAAUUGACUUUUUGCAAUGGUGCUGUUCUCAGCCGAGAGCAAUGCCAGCAAAUGUUUGGGGAAUGGCUAAAUAUCAUCUUGGACUUCUCCAGAAGUCUACACAGCAUGGACAUUGAUAUAUCUGCUUUUGCGUGCCUUUGUGCUUUGACCCUCGUUACAGAGCGUCAUGGACUUAAAGAGCCUGCACGAGUUGAACAGCUGCAGAUGAAAAUCAUAAGUUCCCUGCGCGAUCACGUGACGUACAACAACGAGGCACAAAAGAAGAGACACUAUUUCAGCCGCAUCCUGACGCAGCUUCCUGAACUGCGAACCAUCAGCGUUCAGGGACUCCAAAGGAUCUUCUAUUUGAGGCUGGAAGCACACCAUGUGCCUCCACCUCCGCUGGUCGAGAACAUCUUGUCCAGCCUUCCCUUCUAGACGAAGGGAAGAAGCAGACGUCCUGAAAUGGGAAGCCGGCCACGUCCGGCCAUUUUGUUUAACCCGAAGCUCGGGGUGGCGAGCAGGGUGCGAAAUUCGAAACGGCAUGACCCGUUCGCCAGGGAUGCGGGGCUACGGCCCCACCUUGUGCGAGGGCAUGACCCCUCCUCGAGAAGCUUUCGCACCCUGCCACGAAACCACCCUGUUCCAAGAUUGAAACGCAGAAGAACUCUUACUGUGGAUUCUUCUUCGCCAGUAGACCAAGUCACGUGUCCAAGCGUUCUUUAGUGCAAUAGACUUCUUGCCAGUAGACAAGGGGAGGGUGGGUUCGCCCCUCCCCUUUAUUGCUUCAUCCAGAUAGGAAUUCGUCGUCGUUUCCUCGCAGAGAAAUCGAUUCUUUAUGUGAUAGUUUUCUUGAGAGAAUACAUGCUUUUCCUGUGAGCAGAGAACUCGUAGCCAAAGAAUACUUUUCGUUCGUCUUCUUCAUCUCAUCUUCACUAUACCUCCCGGUGAAAUAUCGUGAUAUUUAAAACAGAGCUCGAACAUACUAUUCACUACAUUUCUUAUUUACUUUUUUUAUCUUCCUCUAAGUCUAAGUAGAUCCUACAUUGAAGGACUACUUUUUUGUGAUCUGUUAAACUGUAUAUAUAUCGGUCGAGGUCUAAUAAAUACUGGUACGUUAAAAAGAGAAAUUCGCGUAGAAAAAAAUAUGUUAAUAGUUGAAGUAGAAAAAAUGAUAUCAUGAAUAACUUUAGAAGGAACUUUCUAACUCUGUUGGAUGCCUUUAAUCGACUACGUAGGACUUUAAUAUAAAUUCUCAGAUUAUGUACCAGUAUAAGUCUAAAACUACUCAAAACGAAACAGUUAGAGAUUCGGUGGUAAAUUCAAUAUGAUCUCAAGGUUUUCACCAUUAGUUCCAAUCUGCAUAGGGUAAUAAAAAUAUUAAUCAUUACCAGUAAGCAUCGAAUUUUGCUCUUGGUACGAUUACGUACGAAAUCUAGUCCGUUUGGUAUAAGAUUUUUCAUUGUAACUGGUAUACGGAAUAUACUAAGUAAACAAAACGACUGGAAGUAAAAGAAAAAGAAAAAGAAUUAUCAAUUCAGUUGGGAGGGGGUGGGGCGCUUCAACAUAUCAGCUAAUAAUGAGAAUAUACCAAUAAAUGGUAUAGAUGCACGGAAUGCAUUUUGGUGCGUCAGUAAAAUGGGAACUUAACUCUGCUUUUAAGAUCAUAUGCCUUCAAAAUAAUAUUUUUCGUGAAAAAAAAAGUAUAUCUUGCAUUCAUUUCACAAAAUUCAGUAUUUGAAAUGUACACUAAAAUUGUGGACAUUAUUUUGUAAUUAAAAGUAUUUUUGACUGUAAUUCACAUUCAAAAUAUAAAACAGUAUAGUUGAAUGAGAGUUUUAUUAAAAUCUUGAAACUUUAUGAACUCAAUUCCCUUAUAAUGCUCUUGAAAAGUCCUAUUUUUUAGCAAAUAGUAAGCAGUAAUCUUUUAAACUAUUAUUUGAAACAUAUGUGUAUAUUUGGGCAAUAUUUUGAAUAUUAUAAAAGUUUUAAAACCAAUGUAAAUUAUUUUAUUAUGUGCAAGAUAGUAUCAAAGCAUGUGUGAAAUAAUCCUUUAAAUCUUUUGGCUUUUCGUUCAAUUUUCCUAUGAAAAAUCAGUUUUGAAAUUACAGUCUAAUUUCUGUAAAUAUUAGCCAAUAUUCAUUCUCUUUGGAGGUAAGCACGGAAUCUUGAAAUCAAACAUUCCAAAAAUCAAAUUUUACUUCAGGGAAUUUUUUUAACGAAAUAUUUUAUUUAUUUUAUCUGGAUUCGAGCUCUGUUUCGGAUGCAUUUUGCGGAACAUACACCGACAGAAUGCAUUUUUUGUAGAUGAAAUCUUUAAAAUAGUGAACGAUUGUUGAAAAUGUUUCUCUAACACCCAACUGCUUUACAUUCACGAUUUUUCAUCAUUUAUGUCUAGUAAUAUACAUUCUACGGCAUAUAAUUUCAACAUUCGUCAGCUAUCUCUACAAAACAUGAUGUUUUAUUGAGCGAAAGUUACACAGCUUUACAUUGGAUGUUAAGCAUUCGUAAUUGUCUUUAUCAUGUUGCCAAAAUUAGAUAACUAAAUUUUGAAAAAGAAAUUGUUGAAAAUUAUUAGUGCAAUAUUUUUAUGAUAUAGUAUUAUUCGUUACUAAGUUAUUUGUUAGAAAUUUUAAAGUAUAUGCACAAUUGUUGUUAAAAAUGAAGUUAUUUAUUUUUAUUGAAACUGUAAAAUUGUAAACAUGUGGCAAAAUCAGCUAUUUUGAUUAAAAAUUUAAUUC